CAGCCUGGGCAUAUUUCCUCCUAGCUCUGGCUAAACCUCAGCACUGCUGGACGGACAGACAGAGCAGUCUAUGCACAGCCUGGGAGGGAGCCUGCCGUGCACUGCACAGGACUACAGGGAGCGUGGGACCAUGCUGUUCAUUUGGGUGCUAGUGUUUGCUGGAGUCCUGCAGGAACACGAGCUCUUUGCUGCUGCAGAUCCUACCAGUCUGUUACCUGGAAGUUUGGGAAGCUGGUGCCACGAACAUGAUACAAUGCAUGAACGCUUAGACAUUAUUGAAGAGAAGGUAAUAAAAACUGUGGAGCAUCUAGAAUCAGAAGUCAAAUCACUCCUCAGUAUCAUCAGUGAGACAACAUCAGACCUCCCCAUUGCUGCAGGAACCCCACUGAUAGACCUUUUUGAUGGUAAGUAUCUAGUGGGCUAUAAGCUAAGCCAACAAGAACGUUGCAUGUGCUAUUCCAAAUGCCAUCCUCUUUUUCCACAUUAGAUGAGAAAUAACUCAUUCACUCAAUUCAGUGCAGUGAAGGCUUCAGUUCAAACACAGGAUUCGGUUUCGGACAGUGUCACAGCCAGCACUAAAGAGAGGGGGACAAAGUUAAGUGAACAAACCAGGCAUGGAGCUAGAUAUAGGAGAUACACAGAAAGGCUGAUCAACUGGGGAUAUUAACAUAGUCCAAUUGAGUUUGAAAUGGCCCAUCUGAGUAAGGCUGCUGCAAAGUCAAAAGCUCCACUUCCUCACCACUGCAAAAGUGGAUAAAACAAGAACUAAUGCAGCAAAACAGACUCAAGUAAAAGACAAUACAUAACUUAGAUCCAAGAACAAUGAACCUCUGCAAUGAUAUGUCUGUAGUUUCCCCAGCAAUGCAAUGCUAGACAGCACUCUGUUCUCUUGAGUCUCUGCCUAUCAGUAGUUCAUUUAAAAGAGACACUGCUGGUAGAGAGUAUACCUCUUGUAGAAAGGCAUGAGCAACACCCAGCCACUGUUAUGGAGUCAGUUUUGUCAUUUUUUGUUACUGCUGUAUGUACAUAUACUCACACACUGUAGUGCACUUCAGUGAUAUGAUGCGGGCUGAAAGUAGACAGCAGUACAACGUAUGUUUUAGUUCUUCUUGCAGUUGGCUGUACAGAAACAGUCACCAUAACUGCUCGAGAAACUAACAUUUAAAUCGAUGUCCAUGACUCUGUAAGGGGCAGUUAACAGGUGUUAAUUAACCUACAUUCCUGCAAUGAUCAUUUAAGAAAGUAUCCCAGUGAAGAGUUACAGUAAAUUGAAAAUGGAAAUCCCAAGUUAACCACUGUCUAUUUGCAACACAACUACAGUAAGUACUGCUCAAAUUUAGGUUGCAUUGACUACCACCUACUUCAAGAAUUGCAGAACUCUAGCACCUUCCUUCUGUGCUUUGAUGAAUCAAAUACAGAAUUCUCCUCUUUGUGAAGUAACAGUUAUCAAGUUUUAAAUCACGCUUAUCCAGAAAAAUUGAUCCUGACCUCAUAACCAAGAAUAACUACAUCACACCUUCUUU